GCCUGUGGGGUCAGUGGGCGGGGCUAUAUAAGCGCGGCUCAGACCGUCCGUUGUAUUGUUGGAGCGGAAGCCGCACCCGACCACGUGACCCGGACACCGACCGCCGCUGCUGUGAACAUGGGGGACAAAAUGGAUAUGUCCCUGGACGACAUCAUUAAAAUGAACCGCACGCAGCGGAGUACAGGCCGUGCGCGCGGAGGAGGAAGGGGGGCCCGAGGCGGAGUGAGCCGUGGAGCAAUCGGAGGACGGAUGGGAGGCCGGGGUGCUGGAGCGGUUGGAGGCGGGGGUCCUCUGAGGACGCGGCCGAUUCUCAAUAGGGGAGGGAGGAAUCGUCCAGCUCCUUAUAGUCGGCCGAAACAGCUUCCCGACAAGUGGCAACAUGAUCUAUUUGAUAGUGGCUUUGGGACUGGUGCUGGCAUGGAAACUGGAGGGAAACUUCUUGUGUCAAAUCUAGACUUUGGUGUAUCUGAUGCAGACAUUCAGGAACUUUUUGCAGAAUUUGGCACUCUGAAGAAAGCGGCUGUACACUAUGACAGGUCUGGAAGGAGUUUAGGGACUGCAGAUGUGCAUUUUGAGAGGAAGGCGGAUGCACUCAAAGCCAUGAAGCAGUAUAAUGGUGUUCCUCUGGACGGACGGCCCAUGAACAUCCAGUUGGUCACAUCACAGAUAGAAGCACAGAGAAGACCACCAGUACAAAGUUUAAGCAGGGGAGGACUGACUCGGCCGCGUGGGGGACAAGUUGGGUUUAGCGCUGGAAACAGACGAGGGGGCAGAGGUGGAAAUAGAGGUCGUGGACGGGGAACUGGGAGAAACACAAAGCAACUUUCUGCAGAAGAGCUGGAUGCUCAGCUUGAUGCCUACAAUGCCCGGAUGGAUACCAGCUAAUCUCCUUACAUUCCUGUGCUUUCACUGGCUCUGGAAAUGGAUUCUUUCUACAGAACAAUUGUUUUGCUUUUAAUUUCAUAUAGGUUUUAAACUCAUGUAAAGUUACUUUUUUUUUUUUUCUCCUUUUUUAAUUCCAAAGCAGAUCUGUUUUGUACGAAGUUAUUUUUGGGAUACAUUUUACUGGUUGUGUUCUGGGUAGGGGGUUAAACACCUUCCUCCUAAUAAAAAAAACAAAUGUUUGUUACUCAGUUGCUGUUCUUGAAAAAGGGGGGUCUGAGUGUAUCUGGGUGGUUUUCUUGAUCUUGCUGCAUUUAGCAGUUUUAAUAUAAUUGUCUUCUGAAUGGGGCAGCAAAAUCAGUAUUGUGACUAUUAAAUCCCACUGGGUCUGCACCUCCUGUGUCUGUCUCAUUUAUUUAAAUUAAACACUGGAGUUGUGCUGGGAUUUGUUACUUGGUCAUUGCCUAGGCGAAUGUUUUCCAUGUACUGAAAUUUAAGAUUGGGGGGGGGGGGGUGCCUAGUAUCAUAGGCAGUCCCCCAUGAUCCAAUCCCAGCCUUGAAAUUGCAUUCACUGUAGCGUGACUUUGUUUUCAAGCAAGUGUUUACUUUGUUCUGACCUUAAACAAUUACCUCUGGUAUGAAGGGGUUAAGCUGUCACAUUCUGUAUAGACAUAGCAGUCUCUUUAAAUGCUGGUGCUCAGGUUUCUGGAGAAAACUCUUGUUUCAGCGAUGGGCUGUUUGCUUUUAAUGAAAACCCAAUAUUGGGUAAGCAAAUGUACUGGUUUUAUGGCUGAGACUAACUGCUGUUAAGUGUUGGUGGGUUUUAAUUUUCCCCCCAUAGCCAUGCUCUGGUAGAAUUCAUACAGUUAAAAAUGAAGCUAUAUUUUUCUAAAGUAAGUGUUUUUUUUUUUUUUUUUUUUUUAAUAGCGACGUGGUUGACUUCAGUAUUCAAUUUUUGUUUCAUCUUGUUUUUGAUUAAUUUGAAAAGAAAUGUAUCUAAUCACCUCUAAUAUACCCUUUAUAAUUUUGUAGCAUAAUCCGUGGCACUCCAGGGGAUCUAACCCCCCGAAAUAGACUUAAGACUUAUUAGAUCUUUUUCUAUAGAAAAUAACUUCAGUUUUUGUAUGUCUAUGCUAUGCAUUCAUCUGAAAAUAUGAAGCUUAAUAUCAUAUUCAAAUUAAGUGCAAGUAUCAAUUUGACAUAACUAAAAAAAGAAAUAUGGUAUCCCUAGGUUUUUAACUAUUUCUGUAUAUAGCAGACCUUUAAUGUAUGAUUGUGAAUUACAUUCAAGAUGUUUAAAGUUCUGCCUCUUAUUAGAAUGGGUUAACACAAACCUCUAACCUGGAACUAUUAAGUGUUUUAAUGUUCUACCUAUGCUGGUUUCAAACUGCCUUUAUAUUACAAAGGCUUUGUACAUUGACUGAACCAUGUAAUUAAGGAUCAUGAUAAAGUCAACUGAUCAAAUUAUCCUACCUCUUUCAUUAACUGUAGAGCUGUUCUGUGCAGCCCAGCAUAAAAUCUGUAUUUUUGACUGUAACAAUGUACAUUUGUAAUUCCAUAAAUCCUAUUCAUGUUAUGUUUGUGAAUUGUUAUAGCUGUUUAAAGCAUCAAGGUCUACAUUAUAAAUAAAGAUAGCUUCCAACAAUA